AAUACAAUGCCAAUUAGCAUUGUAACAACAGAGAAAUAAUCCACCAAACACAAUUUACCGAACUUUUUUCCCCCAGUUUAUCUUCAUUAGAGAUAUCUGCAACGUCAUUUUGCCCAGUCAAAACUCUAAGUCAACAUAUCCAUACUUCUGAAUAAACAGGAAAGCAAUCUAGGCACUCAUUUAUUAUUUACAUUCCACUUUAUUGUAGUGGCGAAAUCAUUUAAAAAUCCAACAUGUUUCGACCACUGUAGGUCUUCGUCACAGCCGGCUGCGAGACGUGUGUUCAGCUGCUGCUGCAGUUAAUCUAGUUCAAGAUAUCCAUAAUUAUAUUUUGACCAUCUCUAACUCCAGUGGGAGAUAUCUACAACGUCAUUCUGACUAGUCCGAAUUUCAUUUUAGAUAUCUAAAAAUGAUAAUGUAGAUAUCUACAAUUGAGGGGGAAUUAAAGAUGUUGUGAACUGGAAUUAUGACUAGUCAGAAUUAAAUUGUAGAUAUCUGAAACUGGAAUUUGUAAUUUGUAAUGAGAAACCCCAUACACAUGAAUGGCAAAAGUAAUUUGAAUUUUAGUUUUGCCUAGACAAAAUAGGAUUAGGGAUAGAUAUCUUGAAUUAGAGUUUUGACUAAGCAAAAUGACGUUGCACAUACCUCUAGUGAAUAACCUGUCUAGCUAUUAAAUGUUAAAACGGCUUGCCAUAUGUCCUGUGCCCCUACAUCAGAGGAGGAAUAGUUUGACCAGACAUUGAACUCAUCUUAACACAAUUCCGCUUUCACUGUAAUGAAAUCCUUGUCUGUCGGCGCCUGUGAGCAAAUCGAAGGGAAGUUGAUUGUCUUAGUUAAAUAUAAAUCCGACGGUGACCCUCCAUUCAGUUCACUCCCAACAGUGUUUACACAGUAGGUACUUCCCUGUUCUCAUCCACGGUGAACGCCCUAUCUAUUGUCUGAUGACUAAUUUGGCAACAUUAACCCAGAAUUAGACAAGAACAAAGAAAACAGAAAGUGCACAAUGGCAAUAGAAAUGAGUAACAGUACAAGCGAGCAUCAACAAUUAUAAAAGUAUGCUAGCAGUUUUUUUUGUUGGUGUGUAGGUUUUUGCUUGGAGGUUAUUCCAGUGUAAAGUAAAUGCACUUUUAGGAUAUUGGUAAUAGCUGCAUAAUGGCCACAAUGGUAAGUUGCAUCUAACAAUGUUUUGAUAACAGCUAUCUAAGAUCUGAUAUAAAAACUCCACCGGAUGUUGGGAUUCCAUUGUGUAAUGGUGUAAACCUUUUUUUUUUUUAAUGAGAGCCAGUGCAGGCAAGUCACUUUUGUGAUAGAACAAGUCAAGCAGCGGCUCUCUGAACAAGCUGAUCCUGGCUUCCUUACACCGGCUACCUGUUGCUUUUAGAAUUUAUUUCAAAAUGUUUUUGAUUAGGCCUAUGUACAAAGCCCCGAUAGGCCUUGCGUCACGUUAGAUAUCAGAUCUCUUAUUGCUCUGGGAUGCGUCAUUCCUUGUGGUUCCAAGGUCCAGAUACUGCACACAGAGGUGACGGAGUCUCUUUGUAGUCAGAGCGCUCCUAGACUGUGGAAUGACCUGUCCGAGGAGAUCAGGGCUGCAAACUCUGUCUCAUCUUUUUUAAAAACACACUAUUAUUAUCUACAGUAGCGGAUACAUACGGUAAGUAUGAGCGCGUAAAUAUAUACAUUUCUACUCUUAAGCAGCACAGAGGAGCACAGAGCUGCUUGUUUAUGCCAAAUUAGGUCCCAACCUGUUACUGUGUCUGAGCCUUCUGAAACAUUCAUUAACCAUUGGCUGAAUUAUUUACUGCUGUGCUGACUGAGUUACACACCAGCAUAAUGGAGUAUUCACUGUGUGUGUGUGUGUGUGUGUGUACCCAUGGGUAUGUGAUAGGAAAUGAGACGUCAUACGAAGAAGAAUGUCUUGGUUGUGCUGCUUCUCAUUGGAGGAUUGUACUUCGUUAGCCAUUGGAACUUCCUCAUUGCUGGCCGGAAAGGGUCACACGAACCGAUUCCAAAUGAGUUGACUUGGCACGCGGAGAGGUUGGUUAGUAAUGAGUCCUGGUUGGACCAGGGAGAUUACCUGCCUCUCAAUGUGUCCUAUCGGCUGCUUGCUGGAGCACCAUCUACUCAACAGAGGUAUUUAUCAGUUGGAAUCUCAUCGGUGAAGAGGAAGAAUGGCAACUAUCUAACACCAACCUUGAAGUCUGUCUUCUCUCAGUCAUCUCCUGAAGAGCGCUCCUCCAUGGUGGUGGUAGUGCUGCUAGCAGAUUUCGAUGUCAGCUGGAGAGUCACUACAGUGAGGGAGGUCAAAACUGAAUUUGCCGUGGAGCUGGAACAAGGCCAGUUGGUGGUCCUCCAUGUUCCUCGGGAUCUGUACCCUCCUUUUACAGGUCUAAAGAGGAACUACAACGAUGCUCCAGACAGGGUGUCGUUCCGCUCCAAGCAGAACCUGGAUUACUCUUUCCUGAUCAACUACAGUGCCGGUCUUGGACGAUACUACCUCCAGCUGGAGGACGAUGUCUCCUGUGCAAAAAAUUUCCUUUCCAGCAUCAAGAGGCGCGUCGAGGAGCAAGAAGCCAAGAAGACCACCUGGACAAUGCUGGAAUUCUCAACCCUCGGCUACAUUGGAAAACUCUACAAAUCAACCAAUCUUCCUCUCCUGGCCCGCUUUCUCUUCCUCUUCUACCAGGAAAUGCCCUGCGACUGGUUGAUGUCUCGCUUCAGGGAGUUGCUGACUCAGAAAGGGACAAUCAUCUUUAAGCCCUCGCUGUUCCAACACAUGGGGACUUUCUCCUCAUUCCAAGGGACAUACAACAAGCUAAAGGACAAGGACUUUGAGGAGGGGUCGUAUGCCAAUCCUUUAGCUGAGGUUUAUUCUGAUAUGUCCACCUACAAGAAACAAUACCCAAAACUGGCCUGGGAUGCUGGAGAGGGAUUUUUCUGGGGACGCUCCCCGGAAAACGGAAGUUACCUGACUGUGGUGUUCAAAGACCCUACAGUAGUGACGGGGAUAAUCGUAGAAACAGGGUCAGAGGGCAAAGACCUCCUAGAGUCAGCUCAGGUGGAGAUAGGCCAUGACGUGAUUACCACAGAGAAAAAUGAGAAGAGUUGUAAAGAGUUCCAGCCAGUGGGGACGUUAGCGAAUGGGAGGUUUGAGAUGCAAGAGAUUGACAAAAGGUAUCGCUCUACCUCUUCCUGUUUGAGGAUCAAAGUCACAGCUGGGCAGAAGGACUGGGUGAUCAUCAAGAAAAUCAGGAUACUGACAAAGCUGAGUACACCUCCACUCUAAGACUAUAGGAGGGAUCUUUUUAUGCCUCCGUGCCGGCAACAGCCGUGGCCAGAGGUCAUGCGUAAGGAUGGCUGCUCUGGCGUUGUUGGAGUACCUUGCUGAUGCGACUGUAAGACGAGACCGAGUAUUUAGAGAUCAUUCUGAUUUUCUGGCUGACACUCAAGGCUGCCAAGGGAUCCAAGGUAUCUGGCUUUAGAGCGCCAGACCCAGAGAAAUCAUGCAUCAUCUUGUGUGUUACGGCCUCUGCCAUUAGCCGGGAAUGCACUGUUGUUUUUAUCACAUCCUGACAGAAGCUGCAGUCUCACUCCCUGGGAUCGGUCCCUACCGCUGGAGGUUUCCCUGCCCGGAUUGGUCCAGCACUUCUGGACCAGCUCCACUUGGGCAUCGAUCUUCUCCGUCGUCCGUCUCCGACGUCUCCUGUCUUCCCCCCCACUGACGCAUAUACCCACCCAUGGAUAAUUUACAAAAUGAUAAUGAUAAGAAAAAUAAAUUAAAUUACUUUUAUACAUAUAUACAAAUUCCCACAUGCAGAAAUGCAUACAUAGCUGCCUGUUUGUCAAAAACAAAAGAAAAAAGAAAAAGGGGGUACAGUCUCAUUGGGACAUGUCAAAUCCAAGAAGUUCCGUUAUCAGGUCUUGAUUCCAAAAAUGUGAGAUAUAAAUUAUAUUUUAUGAAAGAUAUGACUUUUGUGUUUGAUUGUGUAUGGAAGCUUUUCAAUUGCUAUUCAAGAGAAAAGCUCUUUAAUCCAAAGGUUCAAAGAUGGGACAACAAAGACUUUUCCAAAGUGUAGCAAUAAGACGCUUCGCUUGAAUUGGACAAAGGAUAAUCAACUUGCGUUCGUGAGUUCUCAGGGCCCCACUCUGCUUCUCAGAGAUACUGUUAAGUGGGAUGUUGUGUACUUGAACAUGUGUUUGGAUUAUAAUGUAAAGCAGGGUGUUAAGGAGGCACUCGUUUUGUUGUUUUGGGUCUGGGCAGGGAUUACUUUAUUUUCGUAUGUUUGCAUUUUCUUUUGGGUUCUUAGAUCAACAGUUGUUGCUUCUUUAGUUAGGGUCAACAGCUAAUGAUAUACUGUACGUCUUGGUGUGAUUUAUAGAUUACAAGUGCACACUCCUGUUUCCCUGGGGACGCACUGUUGUCAUCACCCCAAUUUGUGGAAGAUUUUAUUUAAUAAACUGUUGAAUUUCUUUAAUAAUAAUAAAACAGACAACCAUGUACACACCAUGUUCCAUCUAUAGCCCCUUCCACACUGCCUGUUCAAAGCGGGGAACAUUGUGCGGUUAUUCCACCUUGCUGUUCUGUAUGAAAGUUACAGAGACGGAAUGGAGUUGUUCCACCGCUGAGCCGGCAGCAGAGGUCUUCACAGAGCCGAGCCGAUGUCUGUGUAGAAGGGACAGCCGGCACGGCGGGACUACUCACAUACACACACUAGACGUCGACGCUGUUAAGCUUAACGUCACGUCGCCGUUGUUUCUGUCAGUGUGAAAAAGCAAAGCUGGCGUAACGGCGGAUCUUCUUCACGGCAGUAUUGCGGAAUCUCUGUGUGUGAAAGGGUCUCAUGUCUCCCUCGUGAUCAUCAACAAUUCCAAGCAAAACUGCAUGGCCCAAAAUAGAAGCAAGGUUGGCGGCCCUCCACCUGUUGCCCUCAUGCUUUCUUUGUGUGCUUUUUUUGCUUGCUUGUAUUCCAACCACUUUUUUUUUUUCCCCCUCUGCCAGGGUCCUUUGUUCUGAACUUACAGAGUUGAUAGAGUUUGUUGCUUUUUUCUAUUUAUUGUUUUUUCUUCUGUUAAUGAUUCCAGAACUGAGACAACAACAAUAAACUGCAUUUUCUUUUCUUGA